UGGCGGUUGGAGCCGGGCGAAGCGUUUAAAAAUGCGCGCGCAUGCGCGGCGAGGCAGCCGGGUUAUGGGAAGGACGCCAUAUUGUUAAAGUGCAGCCACAACCCGGUCUUGGCUAUUCUUUAAAAAAAAGAAAAGUUUGUAAGCCAUUUAACAGGAAAGUAAACGGAAGAAAGACGAAGGCAAAGCCGAGUACGCACGAGGUUCUGUGGUGUGUGAUCGAGAGCGGGAGCCGGUGGGUCGUAAGGUGAUCGGUGCUUUGUUUUAGAUAGGUUGUCUGGGCUGAGUGAGUGCGAAGCGAACACUGUUUGAUGGAUCCGAGAGUGGCUUGGAUUCAGCCGGAGCAGAAGGGACCCGCCAAUGCCUUGUGGAUGCAGAUCUGGGAGACGUCUCAGGGAAUGCGCAGCAACUCCACUCACCACUACCCGCUGUACCUGAACUCGCCGGCGCUCGACACCGCACCAGCCAGCGGCGGGGGCCUCGCCGCCUCCGGCAGCCCGGGCUCGGCGCCCGCAAACGGCCACAGACACCGGACAGGUUCCUCCCCCGACACGGGCAUGGGCCCGGGACCAGGGCCGGGACCGGGCAAUGGGGAGGGUUGCAGGACGCUGCAGAAAUCUUCUUCUGCUUCAUCGUCUUCCUCAUCGUCCCCAUCUCCCGAAUCGGGUACCGGCAGCUCCUCGUCUUCGUGUUGUUCCACCUCCUCCUCGGGAAGGACUAAAACCGGCACUUACUUCAAUCAUCACAAUUUAACAGAAAUGAAUGGUGGUGGAAUUGGCAACAACUUAGUGAAGAACAACAACUACCACAAUUUGAAGAGCUUGGUGAGAAGAAAGAGGGAGAAUAAGGCCAGCACUUACGGCAUAAAUUAUGUGUUGAGCUCCAGCAAUGGGAACUGCUACAGCUGGACCCCCUGGAAAACCAUGAAAUAUAACGUAGGGGUGACUGGACUUCAUGAAGAAGUCUUGGACUUCUACAAUUUCAUGUCACCACGUCCCGAAGAGGAAACAAUGCGUAAAGAGGUAGUAAAGCGAAUAGAAUCUGUUAUCAAGGAGCUUUGGCCUACAGCUGAUGUUCAGAUUUUUGGAAGUUUCAGCACGGGUCUCUAUCUCCCAACCAGUGAUAUAGACCUGGUAGUUUUUGGGAAAUGGAAGAACCCACCUCUACAACUAUUGGAACAAGCACUACGAAGACGGAAUAUUGCUGAACCGUAUUCUAUUAAAGUACUUGACAAAGCUACAGUGCCAAUUAUAAAACUGACUGACCAGGAGACAGAAGUCAAAGUUGAUAUCAGUUUCAAUGUAGAAACUGGUGUGAAUGCAGCUCAAUUUAUCAAAGACUUUAUUAAGGGUUACCCAGUGUUACCUUACUUAAUACUGGUCUUAAAACAAUUUCUUCUUCAGAGAGAUUUGAAUGAAGUCUUUACUGGAGGAAUUAGUUCUUACAGCCUUAUUUUGAUGGCUAUUAGUUUCUUACAGUUGCAUCCACGAAUUGAUGCCAGAAGGCCUAGUGUAAAUCUUGGAGUUCUUUUGGUGGAAUUCUUCGAACUGUAUGGGAGACAUUUUAAUUACUUGAAAACUGGUAUUAGAAUAAGAAGUGGAGGUGCGUACGUUGCCAAAGAUGAAAUUAUGAAGAACAUGACCAAUGGAUAUAGACCAUCCAUGUUAUGUAUUGAAGAUCCUCUGGUUCCAGGAUAUGAUGUAGGGAGGAGUUCAUAUGGAGCCAUGCAAGUCAAGCAGGUCUUUGAUUAUGCGUACAUUGUCCUAAGUCAUGCUGUAUCACCGUUGGCAAGAUCUUAUCCAAACAGAGAUUCUGAGAGCACUCUUGGAAGAAUUAUUAAAGUGACACAAGAGGUAAUAGAUUACAGAGAGUGGAUCAAGAAGAAAUGGGGUGCGGUGAAAAUCCCUGGAUCAUCUGAUUCUGAUAAUGGUGUUAAGAUUGAACCAGUGGAUAAGACGACUGGUAAUGUCAACAGAGAUCACCAACAAGGCAGAGAUUCUGAAUCUCCCUAUAGCCAAGCAUCACCUAUGUCUUUGUCCAGCCCACUUCAGCUCUCAUCAGCCUGCUCUUCAUCAGCUGCUUCACUGUCUGGAAGUGAUAUAGCUAGGAUUGGUGUCUCACCAGCCAGUAUUUGUGUUUCCACACACCCUGCACUUCCUUCCAGGCAGGUUUGUAUUGAAGGAGCACCAUUGAAUCCUGUCACUGCUGUAUUCCCUAUCCCCCCUACUGCAUCCCCUAGCCUUCUGUCAAGUCUAUAUAUACAUCACAAGCAGCACAAUGGGCCAAAGUAUUCGGUGAAGGGACUCCACAAUCAAGGCUCCAAUCAUAAUUCAAUGGGUGGCAUGAAGCAGCCAGUCAUUCACAGAGGGCAUAACCAAUAUAAUCGCAACAUCUCAAAAAGGAGAAGACCGACGAGGGAGCCCAUAACUGUUAGUUUAAGUCGAUAGGGGUGUGACAUUGGAGCUCAUCCUCCGUCUUCACAUUAAAACUGAUUUCGACAUCAGACUGGAAUUAAAGACCAGCAUUUACUUGCAGUUAGUGGGUAUUGGUUAAUAUCUGCAACUGACUGUUUGCAUGUGUCCGAUUAUGGUGGGUGAACUCCAUCUUAAAGAACAUAUCAUCUUGUGCUAAGUAUUUGUGAAGCCUUAUUGGAUAUGGAGAUAUUGCUUUCCAUAGUUCUCAAGUCGCUGCUGGAACGGCUCCGGUGAUAGACAUGCAAGAGCUUGAAGCUUUCACCACAAAACUCUGCAGUUGAUGAGCACUUCCUGCAAUUCUUCACGGCAGAGGCAAACUUAAGGAAUACUGUAACCCGAGGGUCAUUCUAGUAGUUGAUCUAGAUGGACAUUUUCAUGGCAAUUUAGUUUUGCCGCUUCUUAGUCAUGGUUUCAUACAUAUAUCAGAACUUUUUACUCUGUACAUAUUGAACAAAUUGUAUCAUUCGUGCAAUAACUGUUUUCAGAAGUUUUUAUUUAAUUUUCAUAUGAUGUUAUUAUCACAUGUUUAAGUUAUAUUUAAGUGGAGGAGGGAAACAUUUUGAAGUUUACAAAUCCUUUCCCAGGUUGCAUUAUCUAAGUUUGUAGAGAAUUCUUGGUUUGGCAGGUUCGAUAUUUAAGCUGAGUGUGCUAACACUGUAAGGGAUUUUGUUGAGUAGUUCUGGCUCCUUAAUUCAUUAUAUAAUGCUCAGCACUAACCAGAAGUUUUAAGAGAAGUUAACGCAACUGGAAUCAUUUUUUCUUCUGCAUUGUCAUUAUUUGUGUUUUAGGCUGCGUUUUCUCAGGGCCUGUUUAUUGUCACUUCAAAUCUAUAACUUCUGAUUUUGAUUAAGAGCCAGAAACGCAAGUCUUAACAACACAGAAGAAGCAUACUCAAAUUUUGUCUGAACUAGGAGAACUUUGUUCAGUGUUUAUGUUCAUGCUUAUCAUAAAAACAUAACCUGUUAAUGUUGGGGUCCAAAUGGCAUUUUAAUGAAUGAUGUUCCCAGCUAACAGAAUGUGGUGGAAGGAAUUAUGUUGAUUCUAUUGAAGAAUCUAUACCAGUGUGCAUAUGUUCUAUUAGGAGCAAAAAAAAAGUACUUCUACUGUAUGCAUUUGUAGGAGGUGUUUUGAUUCAGUAUUGCAAUGGACAGAAAAAUUUUAACUUCGGCAAUGCUGGCACUCAAUGAAUAUUACUCAUGCAUACAGUUAGACUAUGCAAGAUUUUUUUCAUGACAACCACUGUUUUGUUACCUUUUUGGAAGAGAGAAAAACUACAGCCUGCCUAGCCCUAUGUUUUAAAGAAUGUACCACAGUUGCCCUAAGGGAUUUGACAUGCCUUCUGUAUUGCCUGAAUUAGGUUGAAAUUUAAACGUGACAAUCUCAUGAAGAGGUGUCGACCCAACUAAACACUAAUAGGUGGAUCAAGUCCAUUUGUGGGAGUGGUUUUGUUUGGAGAUAACGUUGCCAUGACAUUUAGGAAUUUGCAGGAAAAUUGAAAAUUUUCAAGUUUAGUCGUUUCUCAGCAACAGUAUACAAGGACAUUUCAUAAUGUUACUUCUAUAUCAUUGUGUGAUAUUGAGAGCUCACUGCCAUGAUUUUUCUGUUGCAUGCUGUUGACUUGUUUAGCUGGUGUGCUUUAUUUUCUAGAACAUUCCAGUAAAGUCCACACUCUGUCUUGUACUGUAAUUUUGUGAAAAUAAUCUAAAAUGUUUUGCAGAAGGGUCGAAUUUGUAGGAAUUUUAUUGCUGUACCAUUUAAGUUUGCUGAUUGAAAUUCAAAAAGAUAAAAUGCUGGGGAUUUGAAAUAAAAACAAUGGUGGAAGUGCUCAGCCACUCGAGCAGCAUCUGUGGAAAUUACAACCAUUCUACUCUAGGAUGUUCCACAUGAAAUGUUAAUACAGUUCCUCUUUCCUGAGAUGUUGCCUGACCUGUGGGUGUUUGCAGCAUUUUGUUUAAAAUUGGCCAAACUACCCUCGUGAAAGUGAACAUUUCAAUUCAGUGGAAAUCUUCAAAUAGAUUUUCAUGCCUCCUACAGUAUAAUUAGCAUAAUAAUGAACCUAAGGAGUUACAAAUUCAUAACAAGUGCACAGGCAUUGUAACAUUGCAGUGCCAGAUUUUUUUCAAUCAUAGGUUGUGUAUCAAUUUCUGUUCAUGCUUGCUCUGUAAAUUAAUGGGGUUUUAAUUAGUCAAAAUCGAAGUUGCAUUGCUAGAUAUUGCAAUACAAACAAAUUGUGGGGCAAUAUCUGUAUCUAGAUGUAAUGUAUUCUGGAUGCUGCAUAUCAUUCCACACUGACAGGAGUUUCCCCAUGCCAAUUGUCAUCAGUGCUGAUCAUUUGGAUAUGAGCAUUUGGCUUUUUGUCCUUGCGGUUAACAUCAACUUAACUUUAUAAUGGGAAUAGUUUGGAUUCUCAAGAUGGCUUUCAGAAAUGGGAGUCUUGUCCAUCGCUCCCAACCUGACAUCAGUGUAAUUGUGACAUUGCUAAACAAGGUAACUAAUACUUGCAAAGCUUUCCAGUCUAAAAUGCGACGUAAUACCGUCAGGGUGAUGCAUCUUGCACAAAAACAUAACAAGCAUUGUUACAGUAUCGGAACCAAAUGAUACUUUGAAUUCACACAAAGCACCCACAAAAAUCUUAAAGCUAUAAUUUGAGUUCUGACAUUUCCUUACGUAUUGUGCAUAGCCUAUAGAUAAUGUAUCUAUAGGAUUCCAUUUCCCUACACUUCAACCAUAGUAAAUCAAGCUUUCAUAAAACAAUUGUAACAACAUUUGACCCAGUAUAUUGCGACUCUUAAUUUCUUAAAUGUAGCUGAUUUUGUGUUUCUUGACGAGUGAUAUUUUUGUUGGCCGUGGAGCAUCUCGUAUAACACUAAGUCCUAAGUUGCCAAUUUAUUUUCCGACUUUAUUUUUAAUUGUUUCAUCAACGGUUCAUCAUUGUAGUCAGAACAUUUUACGUUUUCUACAAUGGUUUUGUAAUUCCACAGGUCCUAAGCAGAGGGCUAAAUUUGUCAUCGUUAGCUUUUGUAGUAAUUAAACUCUGCCAGUUACAAAAAGUUGAGAAAUUAUUUUUAUGAAAUUACUGUACAAGGUAUCAGUUUAAUCAUACUGGUGAUCCCACCUAACAGUACAGCUCAAACCAAAGCUCAAAUGAUAAAGGGUGAAAUUGUGCUGAAAUGAUUUUCUAUUGGUCAUAACAUCUAGCUUUAAGCUUCAGCAAUGGCAGACACACUACUUUGUAGAUAUUUGGUUUAUGCAAUUAAUAUCUGAAAGUGCUGUGUAUUUUGUGGUGCUAGUUAACCAUCUGUAUCAUGUUCAAGUUAUGUCAUGGUGAACAAUUGAUUGGCCUGAUUACCACUGUGGGGCUGUACGUUCUUGCAUACAAAAAAAGAAUCGUGUUUAGGACUACUGGGGCAACUUGUUACGGCAAGUGAAAAUUCAACAUUUUUUAUGUAUAGUUUUCUAUUCUUUGAUUAUUUUUAAUAAACUUACUGAAACAAUUGUAUUUG